AUGUCGAAUAUCUAUAUCACUGAGCCAAAUACAGAAGGCAAAGUGCUACUGCAUACAAGCUUUGGAGAUUUGGACGUGGAAUUAUGGCCACGACAAGCGCCCAAAGCGUGUCGUAACUUUGUGCAGCUUUGCUUGGAAGGGUAUUAUGAUCAUACUAUUUUUCAUCGUAUUGUUACAAACUUUAUGAUACAAGGAGGAGAUCCAACGGGUACUGGCAAUGGAGGCGAGAGUAUUUAUGGAAAUGCAUUUAUUGACGAGUUUCACUCAAGAUUACGAUUCAAUCACCGUGGACUUUUAGCUAUGGCUAAUGAGAACAAACCCAAUACAAAUCACUCGCAGUUUUUCUUUACACUGGAUGCCUGUGAGUUUUUAGAUAAAAAACAUACUAUUUUUGGCAAGGUGACGGGUAAUACUAUUUUUAAUUUAUUGAGUGUUGGAGACCUCGAGACUAAUGCACAAGACCGACCGCUUAAUCCACCAAAAUUAUCAAGUAUUGAAGUGCUCUGGAACCCAUUUGAGGACAUUAUUCCACGAGCUAUCAAACGCAAGGAAAGAACGGAGGAGGUCAUUCAGGAAGAAAUGGAUGACGAGGCCAAGAAAUGCACAAACAAGAAAGUCAAGACGAUGAUGAGUAGUCACGACCUGCUGGAUGAUCGUAAGCUAAAGCCAGACGUGGAUGCUGAGGUGCUGAAAAGGUUCUCAGCUACAAGUGGCGAAGUGAUCAGUAAGGAACAGGAAGAGCAAGCGCGAGCAAACCUAAAAGCAGCAGUUGCGGCGGCUUCCAGCAAGGAUGCUUCAUGCGAAAAGAGAGAAGAUGCUGGUAAGAGCAGUAACUUGAAGAAGGGCGAAGAAUUUGCUGCAGGCUCAAACAGCCAGGUAAGGGAUCAAGAGGAGUAUGCUAAACUACGAGAGGAGCUGCGGAAGUCGAGGAAGGCUGUUCCGCUCCUGAUGGGCGAAGAAGCAAAGAAGCUAGAAGUCGACCGAGCUUUUCAGGAUAUGCUCACUCCGCUGCAACAGCAGCGGCAAAAAUAUCUACAACGAAAGAAAUCCAGCAAUCGCAGUAAACGAGAGCAAGACACACUUUUGAAACUGAAGAAAUUUCAGGCAACGCUGGUUGAUGUGAACGCUAAAACGACUAGUUCUAAAGAAGAUGGGAAAUUUGAAGACGAUGAAACCAUGAAAGACCGUGUUGAGAGCUAUCAUGGUCAAAUUCUGGAAAAUGACGACGGCCUUGAUGAUCCAAUUGACGACAAGUCGUGGAUGACCGCCAAGCUCAAAUUUAAGAAGCAUAUUGAUGACCUAUUUCGUUCUACUGACGACUAUAUGACAAUCGACUCGCGCAAUGAACCUGGCCGUGGUUCUCGUGGUGAUUCAAGGAGAGACCAGUCUCGAGAUCGAUCGCGAGACAGCAGUCGACAUGGUCGCUACGACCACCGUCGCCGCCAGCGGUAG